UCUAAUGUACCCUCGGCGAUCUAUUUCCUGUUAUGUUCUCUAUUACUGCAAUUGCAUUUUUUUUUCUUUUUAAUAACAAUAAAGAUUGAAAAAAAAGCCCUUAAUUGAGUGCCUGCACUUCCGCCCCUCAGUGAAAGGGGCGGGACGCUUGACUGAACUAUGCAGCUGAUUGGGUGGCUUCAGUCCAGGUCGGCUAUUUUGGUGACGUCAUGGCAAGUUUCCUGUCAUGGCAUCCUUCUUACCGGCGCCGGUUCAGGUUGAAAGUUAAGAAAUCAAAGGGAGAAGGAGUCUGCGUGUGAAGUCGAAAGCUCACAGCGUCACGGGAGUGGCCGGACUUCGGGCGAAAUCGGAAUGCUGCGCUAACGGGAUCUUUUCCGAGCUGGGCACCCGGAAGCGUCGAUGGGCAGCGGCAAAAGUAGCGGUAACGGCGGCGCCCUAAGCAGCGGAAUUGCCUGAGCCACUGCUGCCUAACCCGGACUCCUGUUAUGGUGUCCUUUUCAUGGUUCGGCAUGCUGGUGUUGGCAGCCUUUGUCCUUUUCUGUGAGUGGAUUGCAGUGGACUCGGGAGACUCGCCUUCCUCAGAUACUGAAGAUGCCCUGAAGAAGCCUCUGUUCAAUUACAGCAGCGUCAGUCUACCAGACGAACAUAUCGGCUAUUUGUUUCAUAACAACCUGACCUUGGCCAAAAUCUGUGAAAGCGAUUCCCUUUGUCCAUUUAAGGAACAUCUAAAGAAAAUGCAGUCUUGCUGGGGCUAUGAGAAGACUUGCCAGCCUGAGUACAGAUACAGCUACCCCAUGUGCUCCGUUGUGGAUGGAGGCUGGGUUAAUUCAAUUUCAGCCGCACAAGAACUUUUCUGGAAACAAGCAGACUUUGGUUAUGUCCGAAAACAAAUGGACCAAAUGAAAGUGUUAUGUGAACCCCAGAAACCAGAAGAUUCAUCCCUCGUAUGUACCAGCUUGCUUCUGCAUUGCACGGCGUCAAAGUUUUAUCUAGAUCUGAGAAACCCAAGGAGAACCCAAGACAGAUACAAGGAGGAUUUUCUCCAGGAUGGUGAAAUUGGAGGGCACUGCAAGCUCAACAAGGCAGCCCUCCUUGCUGAAGGACAGCAUAAAAGCCCACUGCAGUCUUGGUCUUCUGAGCUGCUCUCCUAUUCUGCACUUAAGCUUCACCCUUUUGAGAAUGGAGAAUGUGAUCUAAUAGUUGAGAAGCCAGCCGUUUUUAUGAAACUGGAUGCAGGAGUCAACAUGUAUCACCACUUCUGUGACUUCGUCAACCUUUACAUCACCCAGCACCUGACUGGCUCCUUCAGUCGCGAUGUGUACAUCGUCAUGUGGGAUACGAGUUUCUACGAAUAUGGAGACCUCUUUAAAGAGACAUGGAGCGCCUUUACUGAGCAUGAUGUUAUUCAUCUGAAAUCCUUUGACUCUAAAAGGGUUUGUUUUAAAGAAGUCACAUUUUCCUUGCUUCCUCGGAUGAGAUAUGGCCUGUUCUAUAAUACUCCUCUGAUCUCUGACUGUUACAACAGUGGGAUGUUCAGAGCCUUCUCUCAGCACGUCCUUCACAGGUUACGAAUCCAGCAAGAAAAACCAAAGGAGAACAAAAUCCGUGUCACUCUUUUAUCACGCAGCACCGAGUAUCGUCGAAUUUUAAACCAGCAGGAGCUAAUAAAUGCAAUGAAGACUCUGACUUUUUUGGAAGUACAAGAAGUAGACUACAAAUACAAGGAAAUUGGGUUUCUGGAACAGCUAAAUAUAACGCACAAUUCCGAUAUCUUUAUUGGACUGCAUGGAGCAGGACUCACACAUUUGCUCUUCUUGCCGGACUGGGCUGUCGUAUUUGAACUGUACAACUGUCAGGAUGAAUCCUGCUACUUUGACUUAGCUCGACUUAGAGGAGUCCGAUAUGUGACCUGGCAAAAGAAGAACAAAGUGUUUCCUCAAGACAAGGGCCACCAUCCCACUCUUGGAGAACACCCCAAAUUCACCAACUACUUGUUUGAUGUCCAGGAGUUCAUGCGCCUUGUUCUGUCAGCAGCAGAGUAUGUUAAGCAGCACCCUCGGUGGCCUUUCAGGUGGAAACGGGACGAGCUGUGAGGCGUGCAGAGGGAGGACUUUGCCAAUAAGCGAUUUCCUUCGAUUAUCUGAGCAUUUACUUUUUUUAACCAGGUCUUAGUUUCAAGAUAUGCACAUGGUUUUCUAUUUUUUUUUGCCUUUUUAUCCCUUGUGGGUUAAAUGAUUAUGUUUUACUUCAGCAAUAAUGAAUGAUCUAAGGUAUGGGAAGGGUCACACUUUUGGCAUUAACCAGUUCCUCCAUAGAACCACAGCUUUCCUCAAUUGGUGAAAGUUCCGGUUUCUUCUCGCACUUUAUUAGUGAGCUGACCAGAAGUACGGUUUCUCAGGGGUCACUUCAGAAUUGACCAACGGCUGUAGCUUGUGAAACGUAGGAGUCGGCCCCCCUUGAGUAGGCACUGAAGUACUCGAUGUCACGUCUGGUACAUGAUGUGCGAGGGUGGCUGCUGUUUGGGGGGCUUCAAUCCAAAAGGCUCGACGGUCGGCAGCUCUUUUAGGAAAUGAACUUGAAGAUUAAAAAUCGGUGUGUGUGUGAGCGUGUAACAUAAAGAGGAACGCGUUCUGCACGCAGUGACGUGAACGAUUUGUUUGAAUUGCAAUCCAUUUCAGUGAAUGAGAAGGAAUGUGUAAGGAUGUAAUGUGCGAUAAAACUGUAAAGUACACGUGACUUGCGUUGAAUGUCUGCUACGUAUUUAUUAAGUCUGUGAUGCAGUAUGGAAUUCUCAGGGGUCUUACACGCGUCAUCACAUCAGCGUAUUGGACAAUGAAGGCUACGGGACAUCCUCGGAGAGCCGCCAUUCAUUUUCAGGACCAUUCCAAAGUGGCCCAAGUAUUUCCGGUAAAACGUGUCUUUGAUACCCACAAGAAUCUUUGAGGCUCGUGUGCCGAAACUGUUUCAAGUUUAAAUUCUUUUCAUGGUAUCCUCGUGUUUAGUGCCCUGCGACGCACUCAACGUUUGCUGUUGGAGUAAAGAGCUCACCUGAUGGUGUUUUUAAGGACUGAAUGAACUGGUAGACCUUUAGCUGGAGUGCUGCAGAAAUACCUCCAUUACUCAUUUAGACCUUUGCAGGGCCCACUUACAUUAACCCGUGCAGCGUGGUCUGCUGACGUGGCUUCCCUCACUUUGGAGUGGUCAGAGGUGGUCCUGUAUGUAGAGCUGGUGAAGGUGGAGGAGUUUAAAUACUUGGGAUCAACAGUACAGAGUAAUGGGGAUUGUGGAAGUGAGGUGAAGAAGAGAGUGCAGGCAGGGUGGAGAAGAGUGUCAGGAGUGAUUUGACACAGACUGGUAUCAGUAAGAGUGUAAGGGAAGGUCUGCAGGAUGGUAGUGAGACCAGUUGUGUUAUAUGGGCUGGAGACGGUGGCACAGGAGACAGAGCUGGAUGUGGCAGAGAUAAAGAUGCUAAGAUUGGCAUUGGGUGUGACGAGGAUGGACAGGAUUAGAAAUGAGAACAUUAGAGGGUCAGCUCACAUUGAGAGACAGAGAGGUGAGAUUGUGUUGGUUUGGAGAGAUGAGGGGUAUAAUGAGAGAAGGGUGCUAAGGAUAGAGCUGACAGGCAAGAGGAGAAGAGGAAGGCCUAAGAGGAGGUUUAUGGAUGUGGUAAGAGAGGACAUGCAGGUGAUGGGGGUGACCCAACAAGAUGCAGAGGACAGAAAGAUAUGGAAGAAGAUGAUCCGCUGUGGCGACCCCUAACGGGAGCAGCCAAAAGAAGAGGAGGUCCCGUAUUUCUCCUGACACUUCAGCAUGAGAGCCGGGAAUCCUCCAUCUCCAUGAGUCGCCUUACCGCCGUAUCAAGUGCCUCACUGCACAGAGCUGAAGAAGCCAUUUGCCAAGGCUUUAGCAGCCUGAUGAAGACGACAAGCUGCCGUUGCUAAGGUCUUGUUACACAACCGUAAAUGAGGGAUGGGUGCAGGAUCCAAUCCAGUGGCUCCCAAACUCGGUCCUGGAGACCCCUUUUUAAUUGGACUCCUAGCCUAACUAAGUGAGCUGUAAUUUCCCAGUUUCUGUGUUUUGGGGUCAAUGAAGGAAUUUCAAUGGAUGCGUGUUAGAAGAUUUUUAUUAAAAUGUAUUACGUGGAUAUUGUAUUUUUUUUUAUUAUUGAUUUUUACUUCUGUUUGUUUUCUGGUUUCCAUUCUGCCGUUCCAUUAGUGACUAAAGAGGGGGCUGACGCUGAGGCACUCGCAGCCUUUCACCAUUUAGUGUUGCUCACCCGGGUGUCAGUUGUCACUGUUAGGAUACAAUGAGGG